GUGGAAGAGGCGUCACCUCGGCAACCGUGGCCUAGUGAGGCGCUAUAGCAACGGCGCGAGAGCUGAGAGGGGAGAACACGGCCUGUCAGUGGCUGCCUCGGUGUAACUGCCCCGGUCUACUCACCCCUGCUUUGGUGUAACUGCCCCGGUCUACCUACCCCCAGCCUCGGAGCAACAGCCCCCAGAGCCCUCCUGCCCCGGUGUGAAAGCCCCUGUGGCCCGCGCCAUGUUUAAGAACACGUUCCAGUCCGGCUUCCUGUCCAUCCUGUACAGCAUCGGCAGCAAACCCCUGCAGAUCUGGGACAAGAAGGUGAGAAACGGACACAUAAAGAGGAUAACAGAUAAUGACAUCCAGUCGCUGGUGCUGGAGGUGGAAGGAACCAACGUCAGCACCACGUACAUAACUUGCCCGGCGGAUCCGAAGAAGACUCUGGGGAUUAAGCUGCCUUUCCUGGUCAUGAUUAUCAAGAAUCUCAAGAAAUAUUUUACCUUUGAAGUGCAGGUUCUGGAUGAUAAGAACGUGCGCAGGAGGUUCCGAGCCAGUAAUUACCAGAGCACCACGCGGGUGAAGCCGUUCAUCUGCACCAUGCCCAUGCGCCUCGACGACGGCUGGAACCAGAUCCAGUUCAACCUCUCAGACUUCACCCGCAGAGCCUACGGAACCAACUACAUCGAGACCCUGCGUGUACAGAUUCACGCGAACUGUCGGAUCCGGAGGGUUUAUUUCUCGGACCGCCUGUACUCGGAGGACGAGCUCCCGGCGGAGUUUAAACUGUAUCUCCCGGUGCAGAACAAGGCGAAGCAGUGACUCGCCGUCCAGCCAGGGAUACCCGCCGUCCAGCCAGGGAUACCCGCCGGUCCUGGGACAGAGAGCCGCUGCCUCCGCUUCUAAAUUAUUCCGCGCCCUCCCCGCAGUCUGUCAGACCCGCCGCCGUUUUUAUAAUAAACGUCCCUCCUCCGGC